AUGGUGUAUUAUAAAUUAUUGUUUUCCUGUGAGACCAAAAAUGUUGAAGCAAUCUCAACAGGAGGAACAAACUAUGAGUGGCACAUCUCUUUGGUUUGUUCUAGUUGCCAUACGGAUAUUAAUGAAAUCUAUUUUAGAGGAGAUGAUCAAGUGGAUGUUGCCAAUUCUAGAGGGCAAUGUAAUUUUUAAAUGAAAUGUAAAUCCUGCGCUAAAAUGAUCAAUAUAACAUUAGAGAAAUUUCCAGACACAGUCAAUGUGCAAGAAAUAAGCAAAGAUAUUUAGAUUGCGUUAUUCGAUUGCAGAGGUGCUGACCCAAAAUCAUGGAAUUUCUAAGGCCUAACAGUGAUUACACCUAAUGGAACAGUAUUUAAUGAUGCUGAUUUGACUGAUACAUGGGUAGAGUAUGACGAGAAAGCUGCAGAGGAGGUGUUGAUUGAUAAAUUCAAGGCUUAUUUCUAAAAAUCAAAGUGAAUUCAUAAGUAUUAUUAAACAUCAUAUCAAACUUUAAAUUAUUUUAAAACCAA